AAAAUUAGGUAACCUUAUACUUGAUCACUCGAUCACAGACCUUACUUCGUUCACUGAGUGAUAUUUUAACCUUGGCUUAUCCUCUAACAUUAUCUCAAAAGCCCCAUUAAGGACAAAUAUGAAUCCUCCAAACUCUAACUUCGUUUAUCCCUUCAAGAGGCCGUGGAUGAAAGAAAAUGGCGCUGCAGCACCAGCAGCUGGGAAUACAGGCGUUAAAGGAAUUAUUGCAGGUGGUAUUACUGGAGGAAUCGAAAUUUGUAUAACCUAUCCUACAGAAUACGUCAAAACACAGCUCCAGUUGGACGAAAAAGGUGGCAAAAAGCAAUACAGCGGGAUAGCCGAUUGCGUGAAAAAAACUGUGAAGAGUCAUGGAUUUUUUGGUCUUUACAGGGGUCUCAGUGUACUUCUGUAUGGGUCUAUACCAAAGAGUGCAGUGAGGUUUGGGUCAUUUGAAGCGUUCAAAAACCGUAUGGUACAACCUGAUGGCACCCUGAGUGUGCCUGGAAGGUUAUUGUGCGGAUUGGGAGCAGGAGUAAUGGAAGCUAUUUUUGCAGUAACCCCAAUGGAAACUGUUAAAGUAAAAUUCAUAAAUGACCAAAGAAGUGCUAAUCCUAGGUUCAAGGGAUUUUUCCAUGGCGUUGGCAUUAUAGUCAAAGAACAAGGACUUGGAGGGGUAUAUAAAGGUUUAACGGCAACCAUAAUGAAACAAGGUUCCAAUCAAGCCAUUAGAUUUUUCGUCAUGGAAUCCCUCAAAGACAUGUACAAAGGUGGUGAUAGGGACAAGAAGGUUCCUAAAUUAUUCGUUGGAGCAUUUGGUGCUGUUGCAGGUGCUGCUUCGGUAUUUGGUAACACCCCCAUAGAUGUAGUGAAGACUCGUAUGCAGGGACUUGAAGCUGCAAAGUAUAAAAGUACUCUGGACUGUUUCUUAAGAAUUUGGAAGAAUGAAGGUCCUCUAGCAUUUUACAAAGGAACUGUGCCAAGACUGAGCAGGGUGUGCUUAGAUGUAGCCAUUACUUUUAUGAUAUAUGACAGUUUCAUGGAAGUUUUUAAUAAAAUUUGGCCGUGAUAAUGUUUUCUUUAUUGGAAAACAUUGCACAAAUAUGAAUUAUGAUGUUCUUGCUUUGGUAGAUUGUUAGAAAUAAGAAAAAACUUGAAGUAGGGGUAAAUUGGGUUCAAGAAUCUUAAAUUUUCCAAAUGAAAUUGUAUUUGCUAGACAUUAUGAAAUCAUGUUACAUAGCAUUCCAUAUUGUAUUUCACAAUUGUCUAGUCAGAUUAUCCCAAUGAAUACUUGGACAUCCAUUGGAUGUCCAGUGGUUAUCCAAAGUGAACUUUACGGAUAUCCCGUGGACAGGAUAUUCGUAAAGUGAUGAACAAGGGACGUCCAAUAGAUAUCCCAUGAAUAUCCAUAGCCCACCAACUUGAACAUUCAAUGGAAAUCCAUUUUUGAGCCCCGAUGGACUCAAUUUGGACAUGCAUUGUACAAUGAAGAGAUAAUAACUGGACUGAGAAAUUUCAAAGAACUGUGACUGGAGUUUUCAAGAACAUGUACUGGACAUUAAAUUGACUGGUCUGUUUGACAUACCUACGUCGAAAUGACUAACAAGGGCACUUUUGAAUUUAUUCCAUACAAAUUUUCAAUCCCGAUUCAGUGAACCAAUAUAAUAAUACCAUUAUAUUAUCGAUAUAUAAAUGAUUUCAUUGGAAUUGAAGAAAUAUGGACAAUCAUCAUGGUAUUGAAUAUAGUCAAUAUGAAAGGUGGAGUUCACAUAUCUCUGAUUGAAAUCGUCUUUAUUGUUACAUUAAAAGAGGCCAGUUUUGAAUUCAUAGAUCUAAUGGAUCUAUUUAUUGGUCAAUUCAAAACGUUACUACGUUUCUUUUGGUUGAAGAUAUUUAUGGAAAAUUUUCUGUUGAAUUUCAGAACUCUUAUUGAGAUGUUCUCAGUAAGUUCUUAGCGAAAAAGUUUAUAUGAGAAUGGUUGUCAUAGAAAGUGAUGAAUUUUUGUGAGAAAUGUGAGUAAGACGGAAAAUAAUUUUCAUAUUUUCCAAAGGAAUCUUAUGUAUCACUGUACUUAUUUUCGACCAGUAGUGAAUACAUAUGAGGGAAUGAUAAUUGAAAGACCCUCGCUUAUAGGAGUCCAUUUAAUGCUCAUGUUUGUGUUGCUAAUAAUGGAUGGUAUUUGGAUUAUCACUUGACGCCCUUUUCAAUGUUCAUUUCCAAAAUAGCACUAAGCUGUCGUUCUUUGUUUAAAAUUUAUGAAUAUAUAUUUUUCUAUAUUUUCUACUGUAUCAUCUUGCCUCGUGAUUCACUGUGAUUGUUAUUUUGCUUUAUCAUUAAAACAUAUUUUAUUCAAAUGUUCAAUUUUCAUGUUUUUGAAAUUUACACCAUUUUGUGAAUAUUUUCUGUUGAAUAUUUAAUGUAUUUUUACUCUGAGAUUGGAAAUUAUAUUUAUUAAAACUAGAAAUUGAUGGAAAAUUUAUUGUAUGAACACUGUUUGUUUUCAGUUGACAUUAAAUAU